AUGUCCCCUAUCAACAUGUUUACCAUCUCCCUCGCCCCUCACCAGCCUUAUACCCUCUCAUACCACCUGUCCACCCCGUCCAACCAGGUGGCAGAGACCAUCGACCCGGCGUAUCCUACCAUCUUGUUUUGUCAUCCGCCUUGGAUUGACGGGUACAUCUUUUAUCCGCAAUUUGAAGAACCAGCGCUGCAUGAGAAUUACAAUCUGCUCGCUAUCGACUUGCCCGGCCACGGUUCGAGCCAUGUCGAUUCUGCGCCUUCUGCGAGGUAUGAAUGGCACCGCGCGGCCGAGGCCAUCUAUUUCGCCCUCGAAGCGCUGAAUGUCGCGCCAGUCCAUGUCGUCGGCGUCGGUUCCGGCUGCCUCAGUGCCCUGCGCCUCGUCCUCGCUCACCCAGAAUCUUGUGAAAACCUGGCACUAGUCGGGCCCCUGACAGAGCACGAACCUGUCGCUCUAGAUGAAGCCUUCAAAGAAUGGAUCGACUCGCUCAAGGCGGCAGUGGCUGAGAAAGACAAGGAGGCGAUCUAUGCGCUCAACAAGUUUUCGAUCGACUUUUUGACGGAUCAGGAGGGGAAUCCUGUGAUUGCGGAUUUGGCGGAAGAGUAUGGGCAGAUGGCGGAGGCGAGGCUGGACUCUGGCGAGAUGGAGUUUGCGUUACCGUAUUACUGUGAUUUGUUGGAGGCGAGGAAUGAGCUGCCUACGCAAGAAGAGAUCGAACAGCUCUUGUGUCCUCUUUUGGUCAUUGAACAAUCCUUCAUUGACAAUCCUACGCCUCCUGCCAAUAUCUACACCAAGGCUAUCGACGCUAUCAACGCACGAAAGUUCCGCGAGGGGAGGGUCUGUUCGGCCAGCCGUCUGUUGAUUGAAGGUACCGCCCCUUCCAGGUGGAUGUCGCUGACCUAUCAAGAGCCUGUCAACCUCGCCCUCGCCGAGUUCAUCAGCACCAAAACCACCCUCUCUCUCCCUCCUUCCCCCGCCAGCCCCUCCGUCGCGCGUCGGCCCAGUACCCCGCGGGACAUUACAGGUUUCUUCAUCCCGCCUCCUCCCAAGCUCGCCCCGGGCAGAAAGACGUUGGGCGAGAUGAUGGAUGAGCUGGAGAAGAGAGGGGAAGGGGUGAAUGUUGAGGUGGAGGUGUUGGUACAGAUUGGAGAGUAG